GAGGCUCCUCGAGAGGGAAGAUGGCGGAUAGUGACAGGCUGGUGACAAUCUGAUACGGGAUGGGCGUCUCGCGUUAAACGAAGGGAGUACGCGGAGCCUCUCUUUUUUUCAAUCGGUCGUGAUGAUAAUGAAUAGUGACGAUACCGCGGUGUACAAACAUGGCGAUGAUUUGAUAUCACAGUCGUCUUCCGAGCCGGACGAGUCGCGAGUUUCCGAGUUGCCUUGGAGGAAGAUCGCGCGGGGGUGGUGUUAGUGAAUACAUAUUCAGUCUCAUCAUCUGUGGAAAAAAACGACGUUUCGUGCCCUGAAAUCGGGCAGAGAUCUCGUUUGCAGAGAGAGAAAGAGAGAGAGAGAAAAAAAAGAGAGAGAGAGAGCGAGUCGUAUCGCCGUUUUAUUUACGUUCCUUUCUUCCCCGCCACCAGGCGACGAGAGGAUCCUAAGAUGGCCCGAGAGUACGAUCAUCUGUUCAAGCUGCUCAUCAUAGGAGACAGCGGUGUAGGUAAAAGCUCACUACUUCUGAGAUUUGCUGACAAUACCUUCAAUGGCAGUUACAUAACUACGAUAGGGGUGGAUUUUAAAAUACAAACUGUGGAGAUAGAUGGUGAGCGGGUAAAGCUGCAAAUUUGGGAUACCGCUGGGCAGGAGCGUUUCCGGACAAUAACUUCGACUUACUACAGGGGGACGCACGGCGUUAUAGUUGUGUACGAUGUGACCAGCGGUGAUACGUUCGCGAACGUUAAGCGAUGGUUGCACGAAAUCGAACAGAAUUGUGAUGUGGUUAACAGGGUACUUGUAGGAAAUAAGAACGACUCACCUAAUCAGAAAGUGGUGUUAACGGAAGAUGCGCAAAGAUUCGCCAACCAAAUGGGGAUACAGUUGUUUGAGACUUCCGCCAAAGACAACAUUAACGUUGAAGACAUGUUUAUGGCAAUAACGCGGCAAGUUUUGCGGACCAAAAAAGAACGCAAGGAGCGACAAGCCAUACAGACCAACGAGACAGUGAAUCUGAGGAAAAGCACAAAACAGCAUAGGAAAAAAUGUUGUUAGCGAGCGUUGUAUAAGCAUGCUACUCCCUAUUCACGAAAUAUUAUUUCAUAAUGAUAAUUAGGACAGAAUAAAACAGAGAGCAUGUGUUAGUAUCACUAGCGGACAUGAGAGACGCUGGAAACCCUGAUAUUUUCUAACACCAACUUUUUUGUGAGUUUUGUAUUCCAAUUACGAUACCUAAGAUUGUAUGCUAACUAAAAAAAGAGGUAUACACUUUUUUGACGUUAAUAUACAUAUAUCAUAUUUAAAUAUCGAGCGAGCGUGUAGGGCUUAUUUAGUGAAAAAAAUUGUCUAUGCGACAUUCCUUUUGUGCUUUCGCGUGCUGCGUUUAAGAACAAAGGCCUAUUCAUCAUUUGUAACAUUUACAAAAGGGUAAUUUUCACACACACAUUUAACAAGAUUAAAAAUUAUUGUUAUACAAACAUGAGCGCAUUUCAUAUUACGUAGUCAAAUAAAAUGUAACUAAUUUUGUCAAGAUCAUUUUGAUUAAUGCAUAGAAUUUUGCUGCACAUUCGACAAUGAGUUACCAUAUUUUAAAUGAAUUGUAUUUAAAAUGAGUAGGAUUAAAGUUUUUUGAACGAACAACAGAUAUUAUUAGCUAAUCCAAAUAAUUUGUAGGACAUUUUAGUAAAAUUAAGGUUCCUCUGUAGUUUGAUGAUGCUUUCAGUGCACUCCAAAAGAUUUGAUCAGAUUAAGGCAAUCGAAUGUAUGAAUAUGAUAUAUAAAAAAGACUGCAUUCUAUAUGAAAA